GGACCUCUUCCGAACAGCUUCAUUCCCAUCAAGACCAAAAUGUCUGCUCCCGAGCCCGCGACCAAACGCAGAAAGGUGCGCAAAGGCACCCAAAGCUGUUGGGAAUGCAGGCGGCGUAAAGUCCGGUGUAUAUUCGCAGCCACGACGACUAGCGUGUGCAACAAUUGCACACGUCGAAAGACUCCCUGCGUCAGUCAAGAGCUCUUAGAGACCUCAUACCUGGACUUUCCUCCUGGAGACGAACAACUUGGUGUGCGACUGGGCCGAGUGGAAGAGCUUCUCGGCCGGUUGUCCAAUCCACAUGUUUCGGAUCGACUCGGGCUCAACGAUCCCAAUACCCAGUCUCUCGAAGACCAUCCUAAUGGUACCGCUUCUGCAUCUCCUGCUGAAGUUACCUUGGGGUCACAAGCAGCCCAAUCACCUUGGUUUGAACGCCGAGAUUACUCCCGACCAACAGUGGACGAAUUCAAAGAGUCAAACGAGCGAAUGGUCGCUGCAUGGCCGAGUCGAGCCGAACUUAGUCUUAUAUGCGCUCUUCCUGUCGGCCUCUCUUCGCAUCUCCACUGUGGGUUUUGCAGGCCGGACUCCAACACUAUUGAGAAGGGCACAGGGCGAAAGACUGAUUUGCUUCAUCUACCCUCAGUAGAUGCACAUCCGGUACUUCUUGCUCGCAAGCUGCUGAUUCUCGGGACCUUCAUUCAGGGCGCCCUUCCAUCAGCAGUCAAAGCUAUGGAAGAUAAAGGUUUCUUCCCGCUGCAAAUCAUGCAUCGGGUUGUUGACACCGCUACGAAGCUUGUCACAACUAGAGAUGAGCUUCUCUGUUCCAUCGAGGCCGUUGAAUGCAUUAUGUUGGAAGCCAUGUACCACAACUACAGUGGAAACCUGCAUAGAUCAUGGAUGGCUACACGCCGAGCCAUCACCACCGCACAGGCAAUGGCGCUGCACCGCGGAAUCACCACACCAUCCGUGAGAUUUCUGGAGCCCAAUUCCCGUAGAGAUUUCGAUCUCGACCAGUUGACCUUCCGUCUAGCCGAGAUGGAUGCUUAUCUAUCCAUCAUGCUAGGUCUGCAACGCUCUUCAUUAGACACGAACCAUAUUACCCACGAAAGGGCUCUAGCAGCAUGUUGUCCGGCAGAACGCAUGCGACGCAUUCAUUACAUAGUGCAAGAGCGUAUCAUACGACAUUCGACCUCAUCUGCUCUUGAUCUCGCUGAAGUCCACGAGAUGGAUCGAACUCUUCAGAAAGCUGCAGCGGAGAUGUCGCCUCGCUGGUGGUUGACUCCAACUUUCACGCCUGACGAUGCCGAUGAAACAAAGGUAAUGCAGGAUAUGAUUCGCACAAUGGGUCAACUUUCCCACUAUCACGUUUUGAUCCGUCUCCAUCUACCUUACGUGCUAUCAUCCGACCGCCGUUGCGACUAUAGCAAGUUGGUCGCUGUGAACACAAGCCGAGAGUUACUGAUUCGGUUCCUGAGUUUUCGCACCUCGAAUCCGGCUCACUACUAUUGCCGUGGGUCGGACUGUCUUGCAUUCAUCGCAUCGACCAUUUUGUGCGUCGUACACAUCAAGAGCAGCAAAAAUGCAAACAAUAACCCUCUCGGACAUGUUUCCGACAACACUGGCUUUGAAUUCCUUGCCCACAACAGGCUGAGCGAUCGUGGCUUGAUGGAGCAGGCCCUGGAUAUCGUCGAAUCCAUGUAUGAGCCGGGCGUGGACGCUAUUUCAACCAGGAUAUCUCGAAUCCUUCGAGAUCUGCUUUUCAUUGAGUCUAAUGCUUCGGCUGGCAAGGCAUACGACGUGUCGUCUUCAGAGGCCACUAGUGAGGAGUUGGAGUGCGAUGGGAAGAUGCUCGGCGGAGGCAAAACAAUGCGGGUUCAUAUCCCAAAUUUCGGCAACAUCGAUUUUGUGAGAAAUAUUGUUUCGAGGACUGCCCAUGUACCCCGGGGAAAUCCAGUGAAUGCCGCGUUCCCUCCGGCCACAGUUGCGCGAGAUUCGAAUUUGUCACCGGCAUUAACAGCGUCGGAUGCCACAUUGGACGAUAAUGCGAUACCGUUUGCGCAGGAUUUCACGACGUGCAGUCUUACGGAACCUUCACAGCAGGCAUUCACUGGCGUAGAUCGUGGCUGCCUUGAACAGCCGAACCUUGGUUUUCCAUGGAUUGAGGAGGACAACUGGGAUUUGCAAGGCGUCGACUUCGCCUUGUUCGACACCCUUUUCAGCGGGUCUGUGUCUGAAGAUCAGACAGACAUCUUUCAGUGAUACAUCGGACUCUAACGGGAGCGUCGUAAAGAUGAUGCAGCACGGUGCUAAUUCAGAGCGUAAUAGAUAUUACUCUGACCUUUGCACCUGGACUGGUGCCAAGCUAUGUGAGGUAUGUGUACAAGGAAUCCAUCAAUUAUACCAGAAGCAGGUAACAUACAAAGUUUGGUACGAACGUUCGUGAUUCCCGCAGCGGUCCGAAGCCGAAGCAUAGGUGGAAUAUAGAGGAGAAUUUUCGCCAUCUAGAUAUUAAUAGAGAAGACCUAGACAAGCGGCUUGAUAGAUUGCACUAU